AGCCAUUUGUGUGUCACAUCUGUAGCGGGCCGCAGACCUAUUUCCGAGAGGAGAUGUUCCAGCCCGAUCCACACGCGACCACCCUGACAGUCAAAAUGUCCAAGAAGAUGACUUACCAGGAGCUCUUGGUGAUUUUAGACGACUGCUGUACUCUGGCCGUGCCAGAGCUUCCACAGGCGUAUGACUUUGUGCACCUCCCCUGGAAGAAGCUGGCUGUGGUGAACUUUGUCUCGCCGAAGAUUUGCACACGAUGCUCCUGGAUCCUUCUUUUGAUGUCUCAUGAGGAGGGCUGUCCGGUUGUUGGCUUGAAACAGGCUGAUCAUCAAGGCUUUGUGGAGAACCUUGCGUUGUGCCAGGCACGGGCCAGGGAAUCGGUACACUAUCCGGAGCCGAUGGUAUUUGCAGGUCAUGGUCUUCCCUUCUCCAUGGAGCUGCGGGUGAAACCCAUCAAGACCCAAACAGGUCGCAAUGUCCUCCUGGCUAUGGAACGGGGUCGGGCAAAAUACAAAAAGAUGCCCGAGACAGAUCUUCCAAUCCUUCGAGAUGGUCAGAUCUUUCAUUUCUAGAGGCCUUUGCCAACAUGUUGAAAAGCGAGCGCGGUCAAUUCGGGGAUGCAAGACUGAAGGUGUAGAAAAGACCUGGGCACUGCGAGAGAAGGAC